GCGUGGGGCCUGGAGGAGGCGUCCUGAGCGCGGGGCAGCCCGGGCCACUUGGAGCGAGAAGGGGCGCCCGCUGCCGCCCUGGGGUUGGCAGAAGUUGGGGACCACCUGGUUGACCUUCACCUCACCCCGCGGCCCAAAGAGGGGGUGCCCACGCUCGCACAGCCCGGUUCCCACCCGGGCCAACAUCCUCUCCCCCCGAAAGUGGAGCGUGGACCAGGAGGGGCCCAGCCGGCCACCUCGGCGGCUUCUCCCCGCCACCGAGUUUCCCGCCUCCUUUCCCAGUCCUGCGGCUGCCCACCUCCCCCAGCGGGGGCGAUCCCGGCCCCAUCCCCCUUCCCGCUCGGCCCGGCCUGGAGGCGGAGGGCGGCCUCUCCCAUCCCCUCCCUCCCUCCGCUCUGCUCCUGGCUCCUGUUCAGCCCCUGCUGAUGGUGCGAUGGCCUCGGCUUGCCCAUCCGUGAGGUGGACACCGGAGCCCUCCUCUGUGAGAAGUGGACAGCGGAUUGCCCAGCUGCCCCCCUCCCCCGCCCGCUGCUUCUGGGGUCCCCACGGCCCUUUCUGUGCCUCCCACUUGAAGCUUCUCCAGGGCCCUCGCCGCCCUUGCCGUCUGAGUGGAAGCUCAGGGCCCAGCUGAGCUCACUCUUGCGACACCUGGCCCUCCCGCCCCACACUCUACUGCCUCUGCUCUUGGAGUGCACCCGCUGCCGCAGGACCCUUCUGGCCGGGAGGCUCCAGGCCUCCUCCAGGAAGCCCGCCCUGGCUGCUCUCCCCUCCCACGCCAGGCAGGAAGUGUCCCCUGUCUCACCGUCCCAGCCCCUCCCCUCGGCUCCCUGUAGUGCGCGGAUCCUUGGCCCGGGGGCACCGAGGCUGCCUCUGCUUCUCCGCAGUCUCCAGGGAGACGUACUGACCCGGGAGAGUCCGAGUCCGAGUUGCGAAGGAGAGGGCCUGGAGCACGCAGCAUGGCCCAGGGGCCCCCGGCUCAGCUCCUGCUGGCUUGGGUGGCCCUGUCCUGCGUGGCGGGGGGCCAGGGCCACUGGGACGGGGCUGUGGGGCCUGCGGGUGCUGGACACGUUCGGAGGCGAGGCGGCCCCGGGAUCCUCGGCGUCCUGCACGGGCCGAACGUGUGUGGCUCUCGCUUCCAUGCCUACUGCUGCCCCGGCUGGAGGACGCUGCCCGGCGGGAACCAGUGUGUUGUGCCCGUCUGUGACCGCGGCUGCCACAACCGGGGCCGCUGCGUCGGGCCCAACCGCUGCGCCUGUGUGUACGGCUUCCUGGGGCCUCAGUGCGAGAGAGACUACCGCACGGGGCCCUGCUUUAGCCAAGUGGGCCCCAAGGGGUGCCAGCACCACCUGACCGGCCUCGUGUGCACCAAAGCGCUCUGCUGUGCCACCAUGGGACGUGCCUGGGGCCUCCCAUGCGAGCUGUGCCCUCCACAGCUACACCCCUGCCGCCGUGGCUUCAUCCCUAGUGUCCACAUGGGGUCUUGCCAAGACGUGGAUGAGUGCCAGACCAUCCGAGGCCUGUGUUGGGGGGGCAGCUGCAUCAACACUGUGGGCUCCUUUGAGUGCCGCUGCCCGGCUGGGCACCGGCUCAGUGACAGCGGUACCAAGUGUGAAGAUCUGGACGAGUGUCUCAGCGUCCCCAGCCUCUGCUUUGGGGGCACCUGCACCAACACAGUCGGGAGCUACAUGUGUACCUGUCCCCGAGGCUUUGCCAGCAGCCUGGAUGGCACCCACUGCCUGGACCUCCGAGUUGGCACCUGCUUCUCUGUACUAAUUGGAGGUCGCUGUGCUGCGGACCUUGCUGGCCACUACUCUCACAGGCAGUGUUGCUGUGACAAAGGGAGAUGCUGGAUGGCCGGCUCGGCCCAGGAGCUCUGUCCUUCCAGGGGGUCCGGUGAAUUCCAGCGGCUGUGUGUCCAGGGUUUGCUGCUGCUACCUUCCCACGUGGGGCCUUUCCCUGGCUUCCCGGGCUUCUGGUCCAACAGCAGGGGUCCUGCCCUGGGGCCUGCACAACACAGGGUCCCCCGCCCAGGCCCUGUUAACGCCAAUAUGGACGUGGACGAGUGCGCCGGGGCCGGCGGGGGCCUCUGCCACCCGGGCCACUGCGUCAACACGGAGGGCAGCUUCCGGUGUGUGUGCCCUGCAGGCUUCGAGCUGAGCCGGGAUGGCAAGAGCUGCGUGGACCAGAACGAAUGUGCUUCGGGCUCCGUGUGUCUGAAUGGCGCCUGUAUCAACGAAGAUGGCAGCUUCACGUGUCUCUGCAGUCCUGGCUUCCUUCUGGCACCUGGCAGCACCCACUGCACGGACAUCGAUGAGUGCCAGACGCCCGGCAUCUGCGGAAACAACCACUGCCACAACACCCAGGGCUCCUUCCGCUGCCAGUGCCCGGCCGGGCUGGACGUGGACGCUGACGGCCGCAAGUGCGUGGACACCCACGUGCGCGGCGCGUGCUUCGGGGCCGUGGAGAGGGGCGCCUGUGCCCGGCCCUUCCCGGACGCCGUCUCCAAGUCCGAGUGCUGCUGUGCCAGCCCGGAGCACGGCUUUGGGGCGCCCUGUCAGCCCUGUCCCGCCAGGAACUCCGCUGAAUUCCAGGCACUGUGUAGCAGCGGACUGGGCAUCACCACGGAUGGUCAAGACAUCAACGAGUGUGCCCUGGACCCCGAGGCCUGCACCAAUGGUGUGUGCGAGAACCUUCACAGCAGCUACCGGUGCAUCUGCAACCUGGGCUAUGAAGCAAGUGCCACGGGCACGGAAUGCACCGACGUGGACGAGUGUGCCCUCAACUCCUUCCUGUGUGACAACGGGCGGUGCCAGAACAGCCCCGGCAGCUACACCUGCUCCUGCCCUCAGGGCUUCAGCUUCCGGCAGGACACGGAGACCUGCGAAGACAUCGAUGAGUGUGUGUCCAGCCCAUGCGUGAACGGUGUGUGCCGCAACCUGGCGGGCUCCUAUGCAUGCAAAUGCGGCCCAGGCAGCCGGCUGGGGCCCUCUGGAGCUGUGUGCAUAAACAGCACUAAGGGGACCUGCUGGCUGCAGAUCCAGGGUGGGCACUGUGGGGCGAACCUGCAGGCGGUUUCUCUGCGGUCCGAGUGCUGCGCCACCCUGGGGGCUGCCUGGGGGAGCCCCUGCGAGCGCUGCGACCUGGACCCCGUGUGUGCACAUGGCUUCGUCCACAUGAGUGGUGUCACCUGCGAAGAUGUGAAUGAGUGCAAGUCCUUCCCUGGCAUCUGUCAGCGUGGGCGCUGCGUCAACACCGAGGGCUCUUUCCACUGCGAGUGUCCCCAGGGCCUGGUGCUGGGUGCCUCGGGCUGGCUGUGUGUGGACGCGAGGCUGGAGCCAUGCUUCCUACGCCGGGACAAGGACGACUGCGGGGCCCCCCUGCCCGGCAAGUACCGGAUGGACGUGUGCUGCUGCUCCGUGGGGGCCGCGUGGGGAGCCGAGUGCGAGACGUGCCCGGAGCCCGACUCCGCAGAGUUCGCCAGCCUGUGUCCCCGAGGCCCGGGCUUCUCCAGCCGGGACCUCCUGUCGGGCCGGCCCUUCUUCCGAGGACCAGACGUGGAUGAGUGUUCGAGGGACCCACUGCUCUGCCAGGGAGGCACCUGCACCAACACGGAUGGGAGCUAUGAGUGCCAGUGUCCCCCCGGACAGGCGCGCACAUCUGAGGGCACUGCCUGUGAGGACGUGGACGAGUGUGCCCUGAGCAGCAGCCUGUGUCCCCACGGCCAGUGUGUCAACGUCAUCGGCACCUUCCAGUGCUCAUGUCACGCCGGCUUCCAGAACACGCCUGACAGCCAGGGCUGCGUGGACGUGGACGAGUGUGAAGAGAACCCCAACAUCUGUGGCCAGGGGCACUGUACCAACAUGCCAGGAGGUCACCGCUGCCUAUGCUAUGCCGGCUUCACAGCUACACUGGACAUGCAGAAGUGUAUUGAUGUGAAUGAGUGUGACCUGAACCCCCACAUCUGUCUCCAUGGCAACUGCAAGAACAUAGAAGGAUCCUUUGUCUGCCACUGCCGGCUGGGCUAUGCCAUCAGGAAGGGGGCCUUGGGCUGCUCUGAUGUGGAUGAAUGUGAGUUUGGAGGACACAACUGCGAUGACCACGCCUCCUGCCUCAAUGUCCCCGGGAGUUUCAGCUGCAGGUGUUGGCCAGGCUGGGUAGGGGAUGGCUUUGAGUGCCAGGACUUGGAUGAAUGCGCUGCUCAGGGGCAUCGCUGCAGCCCGAGAGCCGACUGCCUCAAUGUCCCUGGCUCCUACCGCUGCGCCUGUCGGCAGGGAUUCACUGGGGAUGGCGUCUCCUGCGAAGAUGUGAACGAGUGUGCAAACCCGGUGAACUGUAUCAAUGGCCUCUGUGUCAACACCCCCGGCGGCUACCUCUGCAGCUGCCCCCAGGACUUCGAGCUGAACCCCAGCAGGGUGGGAUGCGUGGACACCCGGGCUGGGAACUGUUUCCUGGACACACAGGGCCGCGGGGAUGGCGGCUUCUCCUGCAGAGCCAAGAUCGGAGUUGGUGUCACCCGAGCCUCCUGCUGCUGCUCCCUGGGCCGGGCCUGGGGCAACCCCUGUGAGCUGUGCCCGAUGGCCAACUCCACUGCGUACAGAACCCUGUGCCCAGGCGGUGAGGGCUUCCGGCCAAACCCCGUCACUGUCAUUCUGGAAGAUAUUGAUGAGUGCCAGGAGCUGCCAGGGCUGUGCCAGGGAGGCAACUGUGUGAACACCUUCGGCAGCUUCCAGUGUGAGUGCCCGGCAGGACACCAGCUCCAUCGGGACACCCAAGUCUGUGAGGACGUGAGAAAGAGUCUCUGCUUCCGGCACUAUAAUGGCACCUGUGGGAAUGAACUGGCCUUCAACGUGACCCGGAAGACGUGCUGCUGCGCCUACAACGUCGGCCAGGCCUGGAAUAGACCCUGCGAGGCCUGCCCCACCCCCACCAGCCCCGAUUACCAGGUCCUGUGUGGGAACCAGGUCCCGGGCUUCGUCGUCAACGUCCGCACGGGGGAGCCUGCUGACAUUGACGAGUGUGGGGAGAUUCCAGCUAUCUGCACCCAUGGCAUCUGCGUCAACCAGGUUGGAAGUUUCCAGUGCGAGUGCCCCUCAGGCUUCGAGCACAACAGUGCCUUGCUGGCCUGCAAAGAUGUGGACGAGUGUGCGGACAGGGAGAGGCCCUGCCCCAGGAACAUGGAGUGCAUCAACUUCCCCGGCAGCUACCGCUGCCAGUGCGCGCGGGGCUUCAGGCUGUCAGCCAGUGGGAACUGCGUGGGUCCGAACGAGUGUCAGGAGCGCCCCAAUGUCUGUAGCCAUGGCGACUGCGUGGACACGGAGGGCAGCUACAGGUGCCUGUGUCACCGCGGCUUCCGGGUCGUGGCAGACGGGACCCUAUGCGUGGACCUCGAUGAGUGCGAGAAGCAGCCGUGUGGAAACGGGACCUGCAAGAACACCGUUGGCUCCUACACCUGCCUCUGCUCCCCUGGCUUUGCGGCAGCCCGUGGCGGGAACUGUGUGGACAUUGACGAGUGUCGCACCAUGGCAGGGCAGGUGUGCCGAUCAGGACAGUGCCUCAACAGAGCCGGCUCCUUCCACUGCCUCUGCCAGGAAGGCUUUGCGGUCACAGCUGAUGGGAAGAACUGUGUGGACAUCAACGAAUGCUUGGAGGAUCCCAACCUCUGCCUCUUUGGGACAUGUACCAACAGUCCCGGGAGCUUCCAGUGCCUCUGCCCGCCUGGCUUUGCCCCCUCUGACCAUGGGCACCGUUGCUUUGACACACGGCAGAGUUUCUGCUUCACUCGCUUUGAGGCUGGAAAGUGCUUGGUGCCUAAAGCUUUCAACACCACCAAGACCCGGUGCUGCUGCAGCAAGAGGCCGGGGGAGGCCUGGGGCGACCCCUGCGAGCUGUGUCCUCAGGAGGCCGGUGCUGCUUUUCAGGAGCUCUGUCCCUUUGGCCACGGGGCGGUCCCAGGCCCAGGGGAUUCCAGAGAAGACGUGAACGAGUGCGCGGAGAACCCAGGCCUCUGCAGCGAUGGUCUGUGUGUCAACACCGAUGGCUCCUUCCGCUGCGAGUGUCCCUCUGGCUACAGCCUGGGCCCCACGGGCAUCGGCUGUGUGGACAUGGACGAGUGCUUGCUGAACCCGCUGCUCUGCGCCUUCCGCUGCCACAACACCGAGGGCUCCUACAUGUGUUCCUGCCCGGCUGGCUACGCCCUGCGUGAGGAUGCGGCCACGUGCCAAGAUGUGGAUGAGUGUGCAGAGGGGUCACAAGACUGCCACGCCCUCGGCAUGCUGUGCAAGAACCUCAUCGGCACCUUCAUGUGCAUCUGCCCCCCGGGCAUGCGGCCCCAGCCCAGCUCCAGGGAGGGCUGUAUAGAUGAGGACGAAUGCCGAGCCCACCCCACCAUCUGCACCCAUGGCCAAUGCAUCAACACCGUGGGCAGCUUCCAGUGUGACUGUCACGAGGGCUUCCAGCCCAGCUCAACCCUCACUGAGUGCCACGAUGCCCGGAAGGGACGCUGCUUCUCCGAGGUGCUGCAGGCCAUGUGCCCGGGCCGCUGGAGCAGUGCUGAGGCUGUGCCCAGGGCCGUGUGCUGCUGUGGGGGUGGCCGUGGCUGGGGGCCCAGCUGCGAGCUCUGCCCUCUGCCUGGCACCUCUGCCUACAAGACACUGUGUCCCCAUGGCUUGGGCUAUACUACCGAAGGACGAGAUGUGGACGAGUGCCAUGUGCUUGCUCAUCUGUGCGCCCACGGAGAGUGCAUCAACAGCAUGGGCUCCUUCCGUUGCCACUGCCAGGCCGGGUAUGCGCCGGAUGCCACUGCCACUGCCUGCCUGGAUGUGGACGAGUGCGACCAAAACCCCAAGCCGUGUUCUUUCCUCUGCAAAAACACGGAAGGCAGCUUCCUGUGCACCUGCCCCCGGGGUUACCUACUGGAGGAAGACGGCAGGACCUGCAAAGACCUGGAUGAGUGCUCCUCCCGGCAGCACCACAAUUGCCAGUUCCUGUGCGUCAACACCAUAGGUGCCUUCGCCUGCCGCUGCCCCCCGGGCUUCACUCAGCGUCACCAGGCCUGCUUCGACCAGGAUGAGUGCUUGGCCCAGCCUGGCCCGUGUGGUGCCCAUGGACGCUGCCUCAAUGUCCCAGGCAGCUUCCGCUGUGAGUGCUACCAAGGCUUCACUCUGGACAGCUCAGGCCGCGGCUGCAAAGAUGUGGAUGAGUGUGACGGACCCCAUCGCUGCCGUCAUGGCUGUCAGAAUGAGGUGGGGGGUUACCGCUGCAGCUGCCCCCAGGGCUUCACCCAGCACUCCCAGUGGGCGCAGUGUGUGGAUGAGAACGAGUGUGCUGUGUCACCCACGGCCUGUGGCAGCGCCUCCUGCCACAACACCCUCGGUAGCUUCCGCUGCGUCUGCCCCUCUGGCUUUGACUUUGACCAGGCCCGCGGGGGCUGCCAGGAUGUGGAUGAGUGUGCUGGGCAGGGCAGCCCCUGUAGCUAUGGCUGUGCCAACACUGCGGGUGGCUUCCUGUGCGGCUGCCCCAGAGGCUACUUCCGGGCCGGGCAAGGGCACUGUGUCUCUGCCCUGGCCUUCAGCUCUGGACAGCAGGAGGCCCCAAAUGAGGAGGAGCAGCUCUUUCCAGAAGCCUGCUAUGAAUGCAAGAUCAAUGGCCUCACCCCUCAGGACCGGCACCGGCGCAGCGCCCAUGGGGGCCACCAGGUGAGCAUGGCCGCCCUCGACGCCGAAGUGCCCCUGACCUUGGGCCUGAACCUCUCACGCCUAAGCCAGGCCGAGCACAUCCUGGAGCUGCGGCCAGCUCUGCAGGGCCUGCAAGGCCAAGUCCGCUACAUCAUUUCCCAUGGCAACAGGCAAAGUUUCUUCUGCAUGCAGCACCGGAGUGGCCUCAGCUUCCUGCAGCUGGGGUGGCGCAGGCCGGGGCCUGGAACAUACCAGGUGGAGGUGGUGAGCGUGGCAGGGACCCAGGGUGUCUGGCAGGGACCCAAGGGCCGGGCCUUGCGGCUGAAGGUGCAAUUGCAGCUCCUCUAGUUGGGAGGGACCUCGAUGGGUCCCAGCACUCCCAUACCGGCGGAUUCUGGAACUAGUGGGACUGUUCCUUAGCAGCAGUGGCUGCCCAAGUCAAAGCCCGAAACUCAGUAAGAGUGGCAUGCUACACUAUGACCUCAGAUGAGCCCAGCCUGUGCCCAGACCCUCUGCAACAGCCCAAGGGACCGCAACACUCCGUCUGUCCUGGAGACACCUAGAUGCUGCCUUGUGCCUCCUCCACCCCAGGGCCAGUGAGGUCCUUGUGGUCACAGCUUCUGCUCAAUCUCAGGCUUACACGUCUGUACUGCACUGUGGCUCCCGCCCCCAGCAAGGGCUGGUCGGACAUUGGCCGGGUGGCUGGGAUGGGUAUGGGGCUGGUCCCUCAGGGCAGAAAAGGGAGCCCCAGCCCCACCCAGUCAGUGACUCACCACUGCCUGUUCAUUCCCCUGGGGCCUGGGCUAGGGUUCUGGGGAUGCUUUUCUAUCCGAAGUGGAGACAGCAAUAAAAUUA